UCUAUUAACCUAAUAUCCAUAUGGAUAUUAGGUCUAUGAAAACUUGGUUUUAAAAAUUCUGUUGAAAUUUGAACAAUUUAAUUAAUUAAUUAAUUGUUUCUAUUUUUAUUAACAAACAAAAUGGCCCAAAAGAUUGAUUGGUCGAAGUAUGCCUUGGAACAAGAUUCAGCCUUAAAUUCAAAGAUUGAAAAAAUUGAUCUGCGAGAUAAUGGAACAAAAGGUGAAACUGAAUCCGAAGAUUCCGUUGAUGAGGUGAAUCUUGCUGAAGCUAGUUUAUUGAAGAAACUUGUCAGAAAAGGUCUUGUGACUAAUAAAAAUGAUAUUGAAAUUCAACGUCAGAACCCAAACUCACCCCUACAUUCUGUUAAGACUUUUGAAGCCUUGAAUUUAAAUCCUAACUUGUUAAAGGGAAUAUAUGAAAUGGGAUUCAAUGCUCCAUCUAAGAUACAAGAAACCGCACUUCCUACUCUAUUAGCAGUACCCUCACAAAAUUUAAUUGCACAAUCUCAAUCUGGUACAGGCAAAACUGCAGCAUUUGUAUUAGCUAUGCUUAGCAAAGUAGAUGUAUCUAAAAAAUAUCCUCAGAUACUUUGUCUUUCUCCUACGUAUGAAUUAGCUAUCCAAACUGGUGAAGUAGCUGCUCAUAUGGCAAAAUUUUGCCCAGAAAUUGAAAUGAAAUAUGCUGUGAGAGGAGAAGAGGUUUCAAGUGGUACAAAACUGACUGAACACAUAAUUAUUGGAACACCAGGCAAAGUGAUGGAUUGGGCUUUAAAAUACAGACAUUUUAAUCUACAGGAUAUUACAGUUUUUGUGUUAGAUGAGGCUGAUGUUAUGAUUGCACAACAAGGUCAUCAGGAUCAGUGCAUUAGAAUACAUAAGAAGCUCAGUGAUAGAUGUCAAAUGAUGUUUUUCUCCGCUACUUAUAACCAAAAAGUUAUGGAAUUUGCUAAAACCAUUGUUAAAAACCCUAUAAUUAUUAGUUUGAAGAGGGAAGAAGAAAGUUUAGAUAAUAUUCAACAAUAUUAUGUAAAUUGCGGAAGCAAGAUGGCCAAAUACAAUGCCCUUACCAAUAUUUACGGAACUGUCGGUGUGGGACAAGCUAUUAUAUUUUGUCAGACAAAAAGAACUGCCAGUUGGCUAUCGGAAAAAAUGUCUAGAGAUGGUCAUGCUGUAGCAGUCCUGACAGGUGAUUUGAGUGUGGAACAAAGAAUAAACGUAUUGGAUCGUUUCAGAAACGGUCAAGAAAAAGUUUUGAUCACAACUAAUGUUUUGUCUAGAGGUAUCGACGUGGAACAAGUAACCAUAGUCGUGAACUUCGAUUUGCCCAUAGAUCUGAACGGUGGACCAGACUGCGACACUUAUUUGCACAGAAUAGGAAGAACUGGACGUUUUGGAAAAAGUGGAAUCGCCAUCAAUCUGAUAGAUAGUCAAGAAUCUAUGCGGAUCUGCAAGGCUAUCGAAGACCACUUCCAAAGAAAAAUCCAGUUUUUGAACGCCGAUGACUCUGAUGAAAUUGAGAAAAUUGGAGCUUAGCUAGGAAUUUAAUGUUAAGGUAACCAAUGCUUCUGUUGAGAGAUUUAUUGUCAAUUAAGUUAUGUACACCGAUGUUCUUUUUAAUAAAUGAUUUUUUGUAA